CCUUGAUAACCAAUUCUUCGUACGACUAUUUUUCCCUGAACAUAUACUACGACAGCGCAAAGCAUGAAAAUUCUUGCUGCUAUUCCUUUCCUGCUCGUACUCGAUAAUGUGCGCGGUUUGAAGUGCUUUCAUUGUAUGAGUGUCAAUAGCUGGGAAGAAUGUAAUAGAGAUCAAAAAGUACAGGAUUGCCCAGCACAUUAUACAACCUGCCUCAACGCAACCGUUAUACUGCCACCGCACACUGGCGCCGAAACCAAGCAGUACAUCAGAGGAUGCAAUAUACAGGGACUAUGUAAGAGACUAGAGCGAGCGACUGAAGAGUGCAAGAAGCUGAUAGAGUACUUUUCUCGAGGCGAAAACAUUACGUGUGACGCAACUUGUUGUACGGAAGACCUGUGUAACGAGUCUGCAGUAAUGAUGACCAGCUCUAUCAUGCUGAUAGCAUGCGUAACAUGGGUGUUGGCUCGUUAAGCGAAGCUUGAAGAGGAUAUGUUUUAAUAAUUUAUUCAAUUACAGGGUAAAUAUUUCGAUAGGGGAUCCGGCAUCGCAGUUACUCAAAGAAAGUGUGAAAAUAGAGCCUACGAAAAAUUCAAGGUCAACUUAUAAAUAUUGUCAGGACACAAUAACAGCAAAAUAAAAUCUUUGGUGUAUUUGAUUAUUCUCAAGCCAUCGAGAAUUAAAUAUC